UAGACCCAGAACUGAUUCCUGCCCAGGGUUCCCACCAAGAAGGACUGGUGAAAGAGAUAAAUGGAGUAAUGAAAUAUCCCUUCCUUCCCAAUCUGGUAGCUUCCAUUUAUUAAUAUUAUUCUGUUCCAGGUACUAUUCUUAACACUUUACAGACACAAUCUUGUUUCAUGUUCACAAUGACCCUAUGAAGUAAACAUUAUCAUCAUCAUCCCUAUUUUUAAAAUACACCCAAGUCUCCGUUGAGGUCAAGUAACUUGAAGAGGCAAAGGCAGAAUUCAAACACAAAGCUGCUAAACUUCUAAGCUUAUUCAUUCACUGUAUCACUUAAUAAGACACUACCUGGUCAGACUGUAACUUACGGAGCCUCCUGGGUACCAAGGCCCCAGUACAGAUUAUACACAGGGAAAUGAGCAGAGCUGGGUUCGUUGAUUGUAAGAUGCAUUUUUUUUUUUCACAUUUUGACAUCUCUGAAAUUGAGGUGUGUUUUACCAGCAAUGGCUGUCAUUGUUUAAUUGGCAGUGUUUUUUCCUCUUUCUUUCUUUGUGGUACUUAAAAUAAUAGCAUGUCUUGCAAUCAUUCUGUGUGGAUUUAACAAAACACAGUAAAUUCAGGUGCCAUUUCCCCAAUAUCCUGCCUGCAAAGAGACAAAUUAGAGCCAAAAUAGCUCUGAGAUCAGGGAACAGACAGAAAAGAGCUAAGCCAGGGUUUGACCUGAAACAAAGCCUAGGAAUUUAAAUCAAGGAGGAAGGCUGCUGUUGAUGAUGUGUGGGGUAGAAGGACAUCUGGCCCCAGCACUGUGCCCUAGUGGAGGGCAGGCUCCUUCAGUGCUUACUGAGGUGAGCUCAGUUCAGCUCGAUCGCUCUCGAGUUGCCAGAACAGGAGCCAGGGUGCCUGAGAAAGCUUGUCAGACCAGCCUGGGCAGUGCCAGGUCUGGGAAUCAGCCCUCUGAUGAUGUAGUUGGAUUAUAUACUUAGCAGAGCUAUCUUACCUUUGUUCUUUGGGGAGUGAGGAGGAAAGCCAACCUUUUUUGUAAUCUGUACCAUCUUUCAGCCUUAUGCCUUCCCUUGACAGAAAAUAUAGCUCUUUCUAUGUUCUGUGAUCUGUCUGCUUGUGCUGGAGGCCUGAGGGAGAUAAAAGAGAAUUACAUUUCUUAAGACAGUCCCAGAGGAAGCAGAGAAGCCUCGAGGGUAGUGGUGGCACUGGUUUAGGGGACCUGGGGGUCAGCAAGGGAGCACGGGGUGACAGAGACUGAUUGCCAAGACCCUUAUUCUCUCACAGCUAAAACAUGGGGAGAUGGAUGGCUGAGGGGUAGCGGAAAUGGCAGUAACAGUGGCGUCUGGUGAGCACCAGAGAAGAGGGGUCUGGUUUAUUCUCUGCUGGGUCUCCGGGCACUCAGUAAACACCUACUGUUGUUGUAGAGCAUCUGCCUCCCCUGAACAACCCCACCAAAAUGGCUGCUUUUGGACACACAUUCCCCUCCUACGCUGGCCCCAAGUCGAACUUCCCAAUGGUCACCACCUUGGCCGUCAUCAUCGCCAUCUUUCUGACUUCACUGGUCACCUUCAUCAUCAUCCUGCCAGGCAUUCGGGGCAAAAUGAGGCUGUUCUGGAUCCUGCGAGUGGUGACCAGCUUAUUCAUUGGAGCUGUGAUCCUGGCUGUGAAUUUCAGCUCUGGGUGGUCUGUGGGCCAGGUCAGCACCAACACAUCAAACAAGGCCUUCAGUUCCGAAUGGAUCAGCACCGCUGUUGGGCUGCAGGUUGGGCUGGGAGGAGUCAACAUCACGCUCACAGGGACCCCAGUGCAGCAGCUGAACGAGACCGGCGAUUACAACAAGGAGUUCACCUGGCGCCUGGGGGAGAACCACGCCGGGGAGUAUGCAAAGGCACUGGAGAAGGGGCUGCCAGACCCCGUGCUCUACGUGGCCGAGAAGUUCACCCUACACGGCCCACGUGGCCUGCAUGGCCAGUACCGCCUGGCGGGACACUACACCUCGGGCACACUGUGGGUGGCAUUCCUCUGCUGGCUGCUGGCCGAUGUGAUGCUCUCCAUGCCUGUGCUGGUCUACGGUGGCCACAUGCUGCUGGCCACGGGUGUCUUCCAGCUGUUGGGACUGCUCUUCUUCUCCACAGCCAUGUCACUCACCCCGCCCUGCCCCCUACGCCUCGGCACUGCCACACUGCCCACUCACCGUGGGCCUGCCUUCUGGAUCACAUUGACCACAGGACUGCUCUGUGUGCUGCUGGGCCUGGCCAUGGUGGUGGCCCACAGGCUGCAGGCUUUCUUCAGCCAGACUGUGGGAGAGGACCCUGUCCUGGAGUGGGAUCCUGAGGAAGGGGGACUCCUGAGCCCUCGCUACGGGUCCACAGCUGGGAGUCCUGAGCCCCAGGACAUUCCUCGGUCAGGGGCUUCCUCUGAGGUGCCCUGUGAGGAGUCUGACUGUGCCCUGGAAAGUUCAUCUCCCUGGUGGCCACCCGGACUUCCAAUCUGGCUCCAGACUUCACUGGGAACCCCCCAAAACCCCACCAGAACUGCCUGCAGGAUGGGUUGUAUCAGGUUCCCAGCCCCAAUGUGUAGGUGGAGUAGGAAAAGAGGCUCUACCUAUUGAUGCUAAAACAUGAAACAAAACAAAAAGCCCUAAGGCAGAUGUUGGGGCUGCCAUAAACCCUGCUGUCAUGCUAAGUGCAAAUUCUGGAAUACUGAACAUCCGAAGUAUUGAGGACAUAGCUCCAAGGUGAAGCUUUUCCAUCAGUGGAAUAAGCCAAAUAAGUGAGGUUUG